AUGCACAGAAUACCUGUUCUUCACACUCAGAUCUCUAGCACAGAGAAUGAAUGCCAGGGCCCACCAAGAGGUGUGUUUGGCUGUUCUUGGGCUGCUGGAAAGAUGGCGACCAGCCUGGUCAAAGUGAACGGGACCGAGGUCUCCGUCGAGGACUCCGGCAAGACCGUGGUGAACAUCAACAUCACCCAGGAGUCUUGGCUGUCCUACCUGGUUGGAGCUGUGUCAGAAGCAAGCCAGAAGUGGAAGGCAGGUAGAAAGAAGUGGAAAGAAGUGGAAAGUGGAAAGAAGGAGCCGGCGCCAGAGACCCCGAAGUUCCCUCCUGGAUCGCCUGCCAAAGCCAAAUGCACCGGGGAGCAGAAAGUGCUGGGGGGGGUCCAGAUCCUGCUUGGAAUCACGUGUCUUGGCCUUGGGGGGCUACUCUGCGUAAUGAGUGACUACGUCCCAGCAAUAGGAUCAGGGGCCCCUUUCUGGAUGGGGGGUCUGUUUGUCGUGUCCGGCUCCGGGUCUGUGCUGAGCGAGAGACGCAGGGGCUGCUGCUGGGUCCUCCUUGCUGCCUUCUUCAACCUGACCAGUGUCGUGGCUGCCUGUGUCGGCUUGGCAUUAGGGGCGGCAGACGUGAGGUAUCUCACGUACACACCCUACUGGGUCGAUCAGCUGUGCGAACGGGGAGACCGCGACCUGUCCUGGAUGGCCACCCAGAUCCCCUCCCACGACUGGAGAGAGGACCAAUGCAAGUACAAGAUGGAGAGCAUGCUGAAAAUUGUUGGCGGCGUCCAGGUCCUGCUGUUGAUUUUCUCCGUGGCUGCCCUGUGUGUCGCCCUCUUCUGCUUUGGAUAUGGCCUCCGUCGUCUGUGCUGCCGCUGGCGGGCUGCCAGUGAGGACUAUGUCGCAAUUCGGGAUCCAGAAGUGCCUCCUCCGUAUGAAGAGCCAGCCAAAGAGGAGGUGGCUGCCUGACAGGGUUGGGCCCCCCCUGUAGUGUGGGACAGCAGCCAGUCCCUGCAUCGCACCUGGCACCUGGCCGUCUCUCCACGCCGGCUGUCCAGAAAGGCUUCCUUCUCGCUGUCCACCUCCGCUACCCGGUGCCUUCUGGGUCGGUCAUUUCAAGUCCCAGCACACGCCUGCGUCUCUCUCCUGACUGGAACGUGCAGCCUCCGCUUUCAGUCAGUUCUUUUCUAGCACACUGAUCGAUUAAAGGGGAUUCUGUGCUGACGUUUUAGAAUCUUCUCAUUCAGAUCUGAAUUGUAACCCCCUUGGGGCAGAGAUCAGCCCCCUUGCGCACUGGCGUCCUGAUGGAAAUAAAAAACACUUAAGUGUC